AAUAUUUUCCGAUAUGUAUUUGAUUACAAUUGUCGAGAGUUGUCAAGAACGUGGCAAUGAAAAUUUUAUGUGUAAAGGGUCAAUCGAGCCGACGACACUAAAGUAUGUCUGAAAUCUCUGGAUUGCUAGCGCAGUCCCAAGAUAAGGGUCCAUCCAAGUGUCACAUUCUGUGCCUGCACGAGGAAAUCAUUCGUCACCUGUUUACAUACUUGCCCCGGCUGUCCGACAAGGUGCGACUGGCGUGUGUGGCUCCAAAGUUCCGACAGGCCUUUGAGUGUUGGGCUCGAACUCAGAAGCACACAUUGAAUGCGGAAGAUGUGGAGCGAAUGGCAUUACCCGAUAUCAUAGAUUUCUUCAAGGUGGCCGGCCCCUUUGUGCAAGUACUGUUGGUCAAUUGUGCCUCCUUCCAAAAGGAGUCGCUGAUCGUCGAGUUCAUUUCGGAGUAUUGCAAGAACGUCGAAGAGAUCCACUUCAAAAAUGUGACAGAUGAGUUCCGCUAUCGGACAAUAAUGUCGCGUUUGACGAAUCUGCGACGUGUGAGCAUCGACUGCAUGGAUGCGGAGGAUGUUCUUAAUUUGGAUUUGGACGGCAACGUCGAUCUGGAGUCGUUUGAGCUGGUCAAUGGCUGCUAUACGGGCAAACACCUGUGCGGCUUUGCCAAGCUCCAAAGGCUUGUGCUUCGGGACUGCCUCCUUUGGAAUUCGGGCGAGUUUGGCAUUCCACUGAGAAACCUGCGCACACUCGUCUUAGAUGACUGUUGCUUUGAAGUGAUGAACCAGUCGGUCUACCAAAAGAUAGCCGAAUGCUGUGAGGAACUGGAGGAGUUAUCCUUUUCCGGCUGCGAUGCCAACUUUGAGAUUAUUGCCCAACUGCCCAAUUUGCAGCGCUGCACACUAAAAACCUGGAUGACCUCUAAUGAGCUGAAUCUUGGAUUUCUCUCAACUCUAGCCGAAAAGAAGGGCAACAAGCUAUCGUAUUUCAAACUUACAGGACAGUUCGAAAUCAGUAAUCAGCAUGCCCGUUUCCUGGGACAGCUGAGUAGUCUAAAGGAGUUGCAUUGGUGCGAAAACGACAUACUCGAGGACGAUCACUUCAAGUUCUUCAAUGACUUGCCAGUGCUGAAGCAGUUUGGACUGACCCUCUGUGGCCGGGUCACCGAUGUCGGUCUCAUGCGUUUGAUUCGCAAGUGCCCCCAACUAGAUCGCAUAGAUAUCAAUAGCUGCGACGAGAUCACCGACCAGUUUGUACUGAAUGCCAUCUAUUGCUGUGGCAAGGCAACACAUCGAGCUUUGGCCCUAAACGUGGAAGGCACUAAGAUCGCAACUACUGUGCUCUUGCAUCCCGACUACCUAAACCCGCAAAACAAGGUGAAACUUAACUUUACAAAUGUGUGACCGUCUAGCCAACUGAACCAUACUGGAGUGCGUUCGUUCGGAAGAAUUCAUAAGGAAGUACUUUUUUAUAUUUAUGAUCAAGCUCUCUCUCUUUCUGAUCGGCAUUAAGUGAUCGAGAGCGUUUGCAUCUACGGACUGGCCAUUUAAUAAUUUAGCGAGAAUACAUUUUAGAUACAGCUAUGCCUGUAAGCAUAAAAUGAUUCGUUUCAAUUCGACUAUU